AAUUCACAUGUUUGGUCAAAUGCUUGCUGCUGCUAAGCUCAAUUGUUUUAAAAUGUUGCCAUUUAUAUUCUUAAUUGCUCAACUAACGAAUUAUUUCUUGAUUUGUCACGCUGGAAAUAAUGGGAUCGAUAUCUUAUCUCUCGUGCCAAAAAUAUCUGCAGCAUCAUAUUCAUUCCAUGAGCCAUUUGUGAACACGUAUUGCGACGACAAUUUCCCACCAGGUUUCGUUUACUAUGGCUGCUGCUCCGAAAAAUAUCCCAAAUCGCACUGUUUCCUGAACAAUUAUGAGAGCCGAGAUGCAUUUUGCGAGACACAAAAUUUGUAUGCAAAUCGUUUCAGUUACAAUUGUAGUAACGUUCUGGUGGAUAAAAACUGCACACUGCCAAAGGGGCGAUGCUACUGUUGUUCAGGUGAUGCCCCCACUGUGCCCGGGAGCAGACCUAUCCGUCCACCCCAGUCGGCUGAUCUCACAGGACAGAGAUUACGAUACAGUUUCAAUAAGUUGCGGCUGCAUGAAUGGACCACUUAAUAACAAUGAAUGCAGCAAACAGCAAGACGUCGUGCCACCAGAUGUAAAAUCGGAUACAUGUCAGCCUCAAACUUUACAAUUAGAUACUGACACGUGUGCAGUACUUUAUCAAGAAUACGGCUGCCAAUCCUGUCAUUUUGACGCGAUUCGUCUUACCAAUUGUCCUACCUCGUUUAAUCCGAGUAAUUUCGCGGUAAUUAGAUCGCUCCGCGUUAAUUCUGGUUGCAGCGUUCGAGCAUCGGCUGCUCAAGAUUUUAUCCACCUUAACGAAACGACAUCAAUCGUGCCGGAAGUAAGUAUAGUAGGCAUUGUCAAAUAUUGUCAUAUGUACAUAACUAGGUAAUUACAAUUAUUGUACAAAAUGGUGACUAUUUAUGUUUUUUGCCCAAAACACCACGUAUGGCACGGAUUACUUGCAUUCAACACUUUCAACUGCACCUGCGAACCAAAGAUCUUCAUAGAACAUGAUACUGCUUCACUUUCUGGAGGGGCCAUCGCUGGGAUUGCAAUCGGCUUAAUUGUAAUGGUCACUUCAGCAGUAGGACUGACUUACUGCGUGAAGAGAAGGAAACGCAAGACCUGCUUCACGCCGGAAGAAACAGAGCAACUUAAGCACGAACUAUUUAGUGGAGGGGAGAUAACGAGUUGGACUCGACCGGAAGUGAAUCCAACAAAGUUUAUCGCCAUCACUAAUAAUGAUGGAAAUGAGGAAUAUUCUAUUAAGAGGCAGAACAUUGAACUUUUCAAGAAUAUUCUACUCGGCCGCGGAAAUUAUGGCGUCAUCUACAAAGGAAGCGUUACCUCGGAACCGGAUCAGCACAAGGUGGACUGCGCCAUAAAAACUGUGAAUGAAUUAACUGCUAGACUUGAUGAUCUCAGAUUACUCAUGAACGAAAUUAAGAUAAUGUCCCGUGUUGGUCGACACGAAAAUGUGGUCCAGUUUUUGGGAUUUUAUUGUAAUUUCCAUCCCAAGAAAUGGGAAUUUUUAUACUUGAUGGAGCUUUGCGUGGACAAUUUGCACAGAUAUCUUCUUCAAGCUAGGAAUUGGCAAAAUGCUUCCACAUCCACGGUUAACGCUCAGUUGCAACAAAGGGGAUAUAUUUUUCAUGCAGAUGCCGCACCAAUUGAAGAAUUAUCAGGUCCUCAGCUCGGCACACCGUCUUUCACAAUUCCACAGACCGAGAUUCGAAAAUGGUCGGCCGAAAUUGCAACCGGAAUGGACUACCUGACGACGAAAAAUUUGCUCCAUAUUGACCUUGCAAGUCGCAAUGUGCUACUUUCGACGAGUUUAACUGCUAAAAUUAGUGAUUUUGGACUCAGCAAGAACCUAUAUGACACCUUGUAUUACAAAAAAAUUCAAGGAGGCCAUAUUUGGAUUCCUGUUAAGUGGAAUAGCUUCGAGUCGCUGAUGGGGCUCAAGUUCUGGUCGUACGGGGUGACAAUUUGGGAAAUUUUUAGCCUCGGCGAGGAGCCUUAUCCGGACCUGGGUGAAAUGGUGGACAUUAUCAGAUUCCUUAAUAGUGGACAAAGACUCCCAUGUCCGAAAUCUUGUGACGAUGAAACUUUUGCUCUGAUGAAACAAUGCUGGGAACUGGAUCCGACAAAAAGACCAAGUUUCUCCAAGAUCGGAAUGUUCUUUAAAAACUAUGCGACACAGACUGAUGCAGUUUGUUAAAUAUUUAGUUAAUAAUGCAUUCAAAUUCCUUCAUACUAUAACUAUUUGUAUUGUGGAUAAAAUUAAAAUACCUUAUUCAUA